AUGCUGCCAACUAAUGGCUGGCUGGUUCUUGCUUUCGAGACAAACAAUCCUGGUGCUUGGAUAAUGCAUUGUCACAUCGCAUGGCACGUAGCCGACGGUUUGGCUACACAGUUCCUCGAGACUCCUGACCAAAUCAAGAUCGACUCUUCCUUCAACGAUAUCUGCAAAGAGUGGCGCGAGUUCUACCCCGAAGAGUCUUACUGGAAGAAGGACGACUCUGGUGUCUAA